UGUUUACAGCUCACACAGUCUGAUCAACUGUCACAUGAACAACACUGCAGAGAGGAAACGUCUGGUGCCGUCAGUGUUUUACCUUUUGUUAGAGGAAGGGGUAGCAUCUUUAUAAGAAAUGGACUGAGCUGGUUUGAGGGACUGAAAACAACUCACAGCUCUUGAAUGUGUUCUUUGUCUUGCUGUGUGCAGAAGAGGAACAUGUCUGCUUUCUGAAUUAGUGAGAGUCUAUCAAGUCCAGAAUCAUACCGAAAAAUACCAGUCGUUGACGCUCUUUUGGUCGACAGCAACCAUGUAUUCAAAGGUGUCCAAGUACGGCCCGGAGGCCCAGAGGAAGAUCUACCAGUCCAAGGGCAAGAGCUGUGGCUACUACAUGCGCAUCGUGUUCUUCUUCUCUUCACUCAUUCAGUCUCUUAUCAUCGUCAGCCUGGUGCUGUUCUUGAUUUACGGCAAACAGCAGGACUCAGCAUCCGUAGACCGCAUCCAGGAUUUGGAGAAGAGCUUCAGUCGACUCUCUCUAGAAAAUGUCGAGCUCAGGCAGCAGAGAAAGAACCUGACCAACUUACUCAACGUCACCGUGAUUGAGAAGACCCGCUUUUACUGGGAGCUGAUGAAGAUGUACGACAUGACCAACGUCUCAAUCUUCAUCAUUAAGGAAUCGGAGAAGAAAGCGCAAUUGUGCAACACGGAGAAAAGGAUGUGCCUGAUACAGUUAGAGGAUUGUAGACGUCGCCCAUACUCACCAUCUUCAGCACCAUCUACCUGUAACUGUGGGCUGGAAUAUGAGAAAAUCAAGGCCAAGCUGGAGCUUGUGGGGUCAAACUUCACUCAAACAGCUGCAGCAAUGAGGAGGGAAAUGGAUCAGACCGAGAAAGACAGGGACAACCUCAACCUGGAGGUCAUCCGUCUGAGGAGGGAAAAGGCCAUGCAUGAAAAGGAGAUGCAGUUCUAUCAAAUAAAAUGCAAACAAGACUUCGCCAAUUCCCUGAGCGGCGUCUCCAAUGUCUCCAGGGCUUUCCUCCAGAAGAUCGAGUCCCUCUUCCCUUUGCUCCCCCCUUUCCUCAUCAACUGCCCAAAACAGAAGGAAUACCUGGAGCAGAUCCGCACCAACUGCACCAGCCUCUCCAGAGAUGUGGAGGACAAGUUCCAGCAUUACCUGAACAAUGUGGGGGAGCAGGUGUCGAACAUCCAGGCUGAGAACAGUCGCCUAACGGCAGAGAACUGGAGGCUGUCUGAGGACUACCGCUUGUGCAGCCAGAACCGCACAGGUAUGAUGAAAGAAUACAAGGACAACUUAAGCAAACUUCAGCAGAAGCAUGAUGACGAGAAGGAGAAACUCCUGGUGGAUAAGUUGAAGCUAAUCGGAGAACAAACUGUCCUGGAAAACAACAUCAAAUUCAAGACCAAAGAGGUCGAACAUCUCAAGGAACAAAUCAAAUACCUCAACAUGUCCUGCAUGCCCAAGCCAGGGUUUGGUCCUUUCGUGCCAGGAUCCUCAGGCCCUCGGACCCCUCAACAGUCUGGAUCUCCAUGGAACACCUUCGGUUCUGGAGCCAACUCUAGAUUAGGGUUUGGUGGAACAGGGUCAAAUUUUGGCUCAUCUGGGUUAGACUUAAACAAGCAAGGCUCAACUGGACUAGGGUCUUCCAGCUUUGGUUCAUUUGGUUCAACUGGGUCAAAUCCAAGUCUUAGUUCAGGUUUAGGAUUAAAUAAACUAGGGUCAACUGGUUUGGGAUCCUCAAAUUUUGGUUCAUCCUUAGGUUCAACGGGGUCAAACCCAGGCCUUAGCUCAUCUGGGUCAGGAUUAAAUAAACUAGGAACAUCUGGACUAGGCUCAUCAAGUUUUGGCUCACCCUUCGGUUCAACAGGGUCCAAUCCGAGUCUUAGCUCAUCUGGAUCGGGACUGAAUAAAGCAGGGACAUCUGGACUGGGCACGUCAAGCUUUGGGUCUACAGGGUCCAAGACAGGUCUCAGUUCAGCUGGAUCAGGAUUAAAUAAACUAGGAUCAUCUGGACUGGGCUCAUCAAGCUUUGGCUCAUCUUUUGGUUCAGCAGGGUCAAAUCCAAGUCUUAGCUCAUCUGGGUCAGGGUUAAAUAAAGCAGGGUCAUCUGGGCUGGGCUCAUCAAGCUUUGGGUCAACAGGGUCAAAUCCAAGUCUUAGCUCUUCUGGGUCAGGAUUAAAUAAACUAGGAGGGACUGGGGUGGGCUCUUCAAGCCUUGGGUCAACUGGAUCAAGUCUAAAUAAGCUAGGAUCAAACACAAACUCCAGAGGCUCAUCGUUCUUUGGGUCGUCCUCUAGUUCUUCUGGGUCCACUGGGUCAAGUUCGUCCCUUGGCUCGAGCUCCAGUAAGACGACACUAACAAAUGGGAAAAGCUCCCCCAGCUCCUCAAGCUCAUCAAGUUCAUCAAGUUCAUCAAGCUCAUCAAGCUCAUCAAGUUCAUCCUCUUCCUCGUCUGGGUCCAACAAAAGUGGAUCAAGCAGCUCUGGGUUUUCCUGGCUUGGGUUCGGGUCACUAAGCAACAGUAACACAGACCAAAGUAAGUCAGGAAGUGGGACAGCGAAAGGAUCAUCAAGCAGCGGCAGUAUCGGAUCAGGAUCGUUUGGUUCUGGAAGGUCCACUGGCAGAACCGUCAGUGCCGCUCAACACAUUCUAGAUCUGCAACGCAUCAUCAACCCCCCUGGUCCAGAGGAAAGGGAGAGGGAGAGGGAGAGACAAGAUCUAUACAGUCUACUGGGAUAGUCCGUCAUAUCAAGGAAAACCAAAAGCACCUUUCAUGUAUUA